UCCCUCCGCCUCCCGGUUGGUGGAGCAUUUCUGCAACAGCAUUUAAAUUCCGGGAGGUCCGGGCUGUGAGCAGCAGGGAGAGAGGACAGGCAGGCAGCAAGCCCUGGCACUAGCCUCUUCCCCAGCCAGCCUCGACCGUCCCAGCCAGACACCACCAAGGAAAAAUCUCAACCAUGGGAAUUGCAAUGAUUUGCUUUUGCCUUUUUGGCAUUGCCUACGCCCUACCAGUUAAACCGGCUAAUUCAGGCAGCUCUGAGGAGAAACAGCUUCACAACAAAUACCCAGAUGCUGUGGCCACGUGGCUCAAGCCCGACCCAUCUCAGAAGAAGAACCUCCUGGCACCACAGAAUGCCGUGUCCUCAGAAGAAACUGUUAAAUUUAAACAACAGUCCUCCUUCCUAAGCAAAUCCAAUGAGGGCCACGACCACAUGGAGGAUGAAGGUGACGAUGAUGAUGCCAACCACGUGGACAGCCACGAAUCGGUGGACUCAGAUGACUCGGAUGAAGCCGACUCUCACCACUCUGACGAGUCCGAGGAGGUGGCCACUCAGGUCCCCCCCGACACUCCCGCAACCUCAGUCCUCACCCCGCCGGUCCCCACGGUGGACACACACCAUGGCAGGGGUGACAGCGUGGUUCGUGGGCUGAAGUCAAAAUCCAAGAAGUUCCCCAGCCAUGACAUCCAGUUUCCUGACUCUGUAGAGGAGGACCUGGCCUCGCACAUGGAAAGCGAGGACCUGGAUGGGCCACACAGGGCUGUCCCCAUUGCCCAGCGCCUGAAUGUGCUUUUUGCUCAGGAAAACCUGGGAAAGGACAGUCGUGAGACGAGCCAAAUGGAUGACCCAAGUGUGGAAGCCCACAGCCACGAGCAGUCCAGACUGCGCAAGCGCAAGGCCGAUGCUUCCAGCAAUGAGCAUUCCGACGUGAUUGACAGCCAGGGACAUUCCCACAGCCAUGAAUUCCUCAGCCAGGAAGACAGGCUAGUCCCAGACCCCCAAGAGUAAGGAAGAAGAUAAACACCUGAAAUUCCGCAUCUCUCAUGAAUUAGAGAGUGCGUCUUCUGAAGUCAAUUAAAAGGAGACAACAAUACAGCGUCUUGCUUUUGCUUUUAGUAAAAAGAAAAAGGAAAAUGCAUUAUUGCAAGAUGAGAGAACAUGCAAUGCUUAUUCUCAGUUUUGUGGGUGAAUGUAUAUGCAUAUGAACCUGGAAAUAGAUGUGAUUGCUCAUUAGUUUGUGGCUUCGUGGUAACACCCUUGUAAACUAAAAGCUUCAGGGUUUUUUGUUUGUGUUCUUUCCAUAGAAGAAAUGCAAACUGUCACUGCAUUUUAAUGUUUGUUAUUCUUUUCUGCAUAGAAAUUUAUAUAGAAGCAAACAAAAUACUUUUGCACAAGCGAUUAUAACAUUUUAUGUCACUAAAGUCUUUCGUUGUUUUAAAUUAGUGUAUAUUUUGUUGUGAUUAUCUUGGUCGGUGUGAAUAAAUCUUAACGUGGUGAAUAUAC